UAACAAUAAAUUUAAAUAAAAUCAAUACGGAAGAAUAAAGAUAUUUAAUGAGCUUAUUCAUGUGUUUGUUCAUAUGUUUUUGUCCUUUAAUGAUUUUAUUAAGUAAAAUAAUUUGAAAAAAGAAAUAUUGACCCCGCAGUAAAUGCUAUAUUCGAAGAAAAUGGCGGCGCAAUUCGUUCAGAGAGCUAAAGAAAUUAUUUUAUCAUGCGGUAGAAUUGUACUUGGUGAUCAAAGUAGGAAUGUUUUGGACGACUCUCUCCUUACCCUUAAUUCGUUGUUGCUAAAUGUUAGGAGAAUGUGCACCGAACAUCCGAGGAUGGAAGAACUUGCUAACAUCAUUGUCCGUAUGAUUGAAUCCAUAGAGCAACAUAAGAAUUCCUCGUUUCCAUCGGUCAGGUUCUUUUCUGCCAAUCAACAGAGGACAAGAGGUCGUCCUGUGUAUGUAAUUUCUCGAGAACAGCUGGAAUUCUUCAUUGAAGCUGGCUUUACAAGACGACAAAUGGCAGAUCUUCUGCAUGUGUCUGACUCAUCGGUCAAGCGAAGGCUUAGAUCCUUUGGUCUAAAGCUGAGGCAGACAUACUCGGUGCUGUCAAAUAAUGCAUUAGAUGAUCUUGUUCGAGAAGUGACCCAAGGGAACCCGUCCCUUGGUCAGAGAAUGGUUCAAGGCCUGCUGCAGAGCCGAGGACAUAGAGUUCAGAGGCAGAGAGUUGCUGACAGCCUAAUACGAGUUGAUGCCGCAGCAGUGGCUUUGAGAUGGUGUCAUUCCAUAAGACGACGGGUCUACAAGGUUGCAGCACCAAAUUCAUUGUGGCAUAUUGAUGGUGGUGGUGGUGGUGAGCAGUUGCUGCAGUAA